GGAGCUACCACCUACAACUACAACUAGAAACACUACGUAUACGAUCACCACGAGGGUAGAGGUCGCACACCCUUUGGACGAAUACACCGACUGUACUGAAAACAUGUGCUGCUCUGGCUAUCCCCGAUGAGCGUGAACAUACCGCGGCGGGAUGAGGAGGGGUCAGUGGACGACAUGAUGGCCGACGAACCCGACCUGGGUCCAACCGACGACCCGAGCUUGAGCGGCGAUGAGACCAUCCGAGAACACACCGUUACGGCUCAGGAUGGGGAGGAAGUGGAAGAGCAACCAGCAGCGGCAUCCCCAAUCGCGCCCACUCCGAUUGCGCCGAGUGCCAUAGCGAACCGUUACCGCGAGCUGGUCGAGGCCGAACACGAUGCGACAACCUCAGAGGACGGUUCUACGGAUGGAGUACUGCGCUCAGCCGCAAGCCCCCUCGAGUCCUUUCCUACGCUUUCUGGAGACUCUCCCUCCGUACAAGGCUCUGUCGUUUCGUCUCCGGGUAGCAGCAACAUCCUCCCGUCUUUGGCACUCCGUCCCGGGUUAAGAGGCCCAACACCUUCCUUCCGACCCUUUGAUCGGAGGUUCUCCUCCUUUGGCUCGCCUGGCACGCUCUCCCCACGACCGUCCUCUCCGGCAUUCCUUGCAGGCCACAGCAGGACCCUAUCCGUUACGAGCAAUCUACUACUCGACUCCAGCGAAACUGAAACAAGCUCCCCUCCUUGGGAAGUUGUGCGCUGGACAAAGUUACUGAAAUUGGAUGGGCUAGCAUUCUCCGAAUCUGGGAGGAGGAAUUUUGGCUCUCCCACAUGCCUAGCCGUUUCCACCUCCAUUGUUCUAGGAACGUCAAAAGGAGUUAUCCUAGUGUUCGACUUUAAUCAGAAUCUGAAGAUGAUCAUUGGGCCGGGAACAAAAGCUGUUGAAUCAGGUGCCGUGACAUCUCUAGCGAUUUCGGCAGACCAUACGACAAUCGCAGGCGGACAUGCCAAUGGAAAUAUCUUUACUUGGGAUACCACUCGUCCUUCACGACCAUUUCUCAGUAUUCCACAUCUACCCCAGCUUCAGCAGAGAUCAACUGACGGACAUGUCCCGGACACCAAGAUAACACAUCUGGGCUUUCUGGGGACCCGACAUACAGCCCUAGUGUCGGCUGAUGACCGAGGGAUGGCCUUCUCUCACCUUGCUACCCGGGGUACCGGAUCAUUUGGCAGGACUGUCAAGACUACUCGAAUUCUCGGCCGGUACCCAGACGCCCCUCCGCCUGUUGGGAAGAUACUCAAGCCCAGUACUGUGCUUGCCUUUCAGUCUCUGCCUUUAGGAAACGUUGACAUGGCCACGGACACUAUGGGUUUGACGGCAAUGCUCACCCCGUACUUGCUCGUCAUCGUUUCUACUACGCCUGUUGCUCAAACACAACAUAAGUCUGCGCGUCCAAAGGAAGUAACCGCACACAGUGCCAUGACAGGAUGUCUAGCUUGGUUCCCUGCAGUGAGAUUGAAGGUCCCGGAUCCUCUUACUGGCAGCAACGUGUCCAAGGUCAAGCUCGUCUACUGCUGGUCAAACGUCCUCACGGUCCUUGAGGUGGAAGAGGAGCCAGCAGAAAACAAGGAUAAACCGCCAACCCUCAGAUUCAGACCCCGAAACCGGUGGAAAUGUGAAGAGCCAAUCGUUGCUGUACAAUGGUUGAGCCGGUCUGUCUUGACAGUUCUCACGAUAACUCAGAGGCUCAUUGUGCUGGAGGAUCGAACCAUGCGCAUGACUGAAGCAUUCGACCUUAUACACAAGCACAUCUACCAUGUUGAUCUUUUCUCCAAGCAACUUCACACUCUGGUCGAGCAGCUUGACGAUGAAGAUCCUACCAUGCAUGGCGUCGUUGCCGAUGCCUUCUACAUGAGCUUCAAGGCUUACAAAGGCCGGCUUUUUCUGCUUGGAUUUACCGACGUCUCGUUAGGUGCCCUAUCUAACUGGGCAGAUCGGCUGUUCGCUCUGAUGGAAAGCGGUGACUAUGUCGGUGCCAUUCGACUUGCGACGUCUUACUACACGGGCGACGCCAACAAGUUGACCAUUGGGUUACCGGAGGAUACGGCCUUAAGACAUUCUAUGGUCAUUGACAAGCUCAUGGAGAUCAUGAGCGCAUCUCUCAAGUACGCAUUUGGGCAAAGAACAAAACGCCGAGAAGCGGGAGACGAUAAGCACCUUCGGGAACUAGCCGAAAACUGCUUCAUAGCUUCUCAAAAUGCCGGGAAAACUGACUUUCUCUUCGAUGAGAUGUACGAAUGGUAUGAAGAGGCCGGUUUGGAAGGCAUCUUCCUGGAAACCCUCGAGCCAUACAUCAUUGAUGGAUCGAUUACAGCUAUCCCGCCCGCAGUUGUGAAAGCCUUGGUCACCCACUUCGUCAGCAACGGGCUCGAAACCAGGCUGGAAGACAUCAUCUGCCACAUGGACACCUCAACUCUAGAUCUCGAUCAAGUCACAACGCUCUGCAAAACGCAUAGCCUAUACGAUGCAUUGAUAUACGUGUGGAACCAGGCCCUAAACGACUAUCUUGCCCCAUUCAUCGACUUGCUGGCCUUACUGGUGCCGUUGAUGCAGAAUGGGGAUGUGGAUGGAACAGCAAGCGUGUUGGAGAACGAGAUCAGAGAGACAAACGCACUGAAAAUCUUUCCAUAUCUGUCGUUUAUCCUUACCGGGAAGACCUAUCCUACGGGUGAGAAAAUUCCGGAUGCUAUAGCUCAAAAGGCAAAAGCGGAGCUUUACUGGUUUCUCUUUUCGGGCCAAAGUAUCUUCUGGCCUAAGGGCAGUAGCAAGAGGCUGCUUACGCGACCAGGACAGUCUCAAGAACCAUCCUUCCCCUACUUGAGGAUGAUCCUCAACUUUGACGCACCCAGCUUUCUGAGUGUGCUCAACGAGGCCUUUGAAGACUCCUUCUUGAACGAUUCACCCGAAAAGCAGCUUGGCGGUGGCCCAAGUCGUGAUCUUCCAGAGGAAGAAAUAUUUGGUUUAACGGUGGACAGGCAGUAUAUCACCUCUAUCCUGAUGGAGAUAAUGAAUCCCGCAGAUUUUGCCAAGGAAGACACUAUCUACCUCGACAUGUUCGUUGCCAGAAACCUUCCCAAAUAUCCGCAAUACCUUCUCUUCACAGGAUCGACACUUACCAAGGUCCUCAUUGGGCUGUGUCAAUAUCCAGGGGAUGACCUAGCCGAGGACGCCCAACUCAGCGCCGAAUACUUACUCUCCAUCUAUCAUCCCCCAGAUCUUCCCGACUUGAUACCUCGGUUCAAGGAGGCUGGAUUUUAUCGGAUACUCAAGCGUAUAUACAAAGCAGACAAACAGUACGGGAAACUGACUCUGACCUACUUCGAGGACCCGAACGAGCGCGAUGCUAUCUUUGACUGCAUCGAGCUUUGUCUUCGACCGCACUCAGGUCUUACCCGCCGCCAGGUACAGGAUGUGCAUCAGGUCAUCCGGGACCACGCUGGAAAACUGGUCCAGAUCGACUCUGCUAGAGCGGCGCAAGCCAUUGAGACUUACGCUCCAGAGUUGCACAGCCAUAUCUUGGACUCCGUUUCCGAGCAGCCAGACCUUCAGUAUACUUAUCUGAAGACGAUACUGGAGCCCAACAAGGAGAUGGUGAACGUGCGUCCGCCUCAGCAGGAUCUCGUGGAGCAGUAUUUGCAGCUCAUGUGCCGGUUUGAACCAUCACAUGUACCCGAAUACGUGAACAAAGUCCAAGCUACAAACUUGAGGCUAGAGAAGCUACUGCCUACAAUGGAAGAGACUGGUGUGAUUGACGCUGCCGUCAUGCUGAUGGCGAAAGAAGGGCAAGUGAAGGAGGCCAUGGACCGACUGACGAGACACUUGGAGACUCUUGAAUCAGCCUUACAUGGUCUGUUGACCGGAACCGCCUCUCAGUCACAAGUGGAUCUUAACCCUCAAGAAAGUGCCGAGGAACUUAUGCAGGCUUUGCAAAACUAUACUCGUGUGGGUAUUUGGCUAUGCCAGGAACAAACCAAAGCCACUCAAGAGAGCGGUAAUGCACGUCAACGGCACAAAUCACAACCUAAGGACGACCUUUCACCCGACGAGCAACUCUGGCUCAGCUUGAUUGAGAGCUGUGUACAGAUCACCAAGCGGGUCACUUCGGCCUUGCAGCCAACACCACCACCAGAAGAUUCAACACAAGGACAGCUUACGAAUGGGGGAUCUCACUCCAAUGGUGAAUCUGUCCUUGUGUCAUUGGAUACAGAGAAGCUUGUCACCUUGGUACGAUCGCUUGUGCAAAACACUUUUACAACCCUCCUGUCAUCCACGUCAACCCGUAGCUCGAGAUCUGCAAACACGGGCGAUACACCUCCAGCCAUAAACGCCAAUCUAUCCUUCCUUCGCAUUCUCCGCGCGUUCCUCACUCGCGCUGCGGCGUCGUCACCCAACCUCGCAGAUCUCCGCUCAGUUCUCUCCAGCAUUUUCGCCGCAUACGCAUACGAGGAGUCCAUCCUUGGUCUCUCAAACCGGCUUUUGGAACGCAGUCUCUUCGUGAGUGUAAACCAAGCCGUCCAACUCCGCCAGCGAGGUUGGCGUCCCAAAGGUUCCACCUGUGAGGCCUGCGGUCGACGAGUUUGGGGUCCUGGUGUGGCGGGUAAUGUCUACGAGGCGUGGGAAGAGCGCCAGGCUGCUGAGGAGAGUCAGCGGCAGGCGAGGAAGCAGCAGCUCACCAUGGGCGGAGGGAGCAAGACGUCGUCGGGUGCUACUGCUGAAAGGGGGAAGGGCAAGGAUCAUGAUGUGUGGCCAGCAACGGAUGGUCCCCAGGGCGGGGAAGAGUAUAAUGGAAGUGGAAAUGGAAAUGGAAAGGGGAAGGGCAAGGGGGAGGAUGUGAGCAGCCCGCGACUGAAGCAGCAGGGUGAGUCGGCGAAGGACCAGACCCAGCAAGCAAAUACUUCUGGACAUGAAGGCUUGCAAGGGCCGGUGAUGGGGAAGCGGGAACAGAAGCUUAGCCCCCUGGUUGUGCUGGCCUGUAGGCACGUUUACCAUCAAGCAUGCCUGGAUGCUCUUGAGAUGAAGAAUGGGGGCGCGGCUUCUAAUGGAGAUGGGCUUGGGGUGAAGAGGCAGUAUAGGUGCCCCAUUGACAGAUAGGGACUGGGGGUUUAUGGAUUGUCUGAAAGAUAUUACUUUUUGUAUGUAGAAGCGUUACUUAAACGUUGAAGGGGCACCAGAAGACGGGUGAAGCUCUUGAAUCUAGCUGUGAUUGAAGGAAAAAUCGUCGAUAACACAGGCAAUGGUGGUGUGUAUCUGUCAUGUGCUGAAAGCAGUGAAACCCCGUUUCUUCAAGAACGCCUCAGCGCCAUAUCGUGCGACCAUAACAUAC